UAUUUCCGCUUCCGUACAAGCUGCAGUCAGCAGGUCGGUGCAAGCGUGCAUGGUGCGGGCGCGCAUACGUGCAUGAGCGUUUGACGCACCAUGCGGCCGUGCAUCGUUCCGAGUCUCCGACCGUAAACAAAAUAAAAACCUGGUUGAAAAUUCGAAAUUCCAACCAGACGUUUUCUACUUUUCUAAGUUUUCUUCCAUACUUUUCCUGUUUGCUUUUUUUUAAAUUGGAAGUAGAUUUUAUUUUCGAACGUGAACAUUAUGAUCAUCGUGUUGUUGUCGUUUUUAUCUAAGCAGAAAGCGUUGCAGGUCGUUGAUCACGGUUUAUCGUGUGUGUCGUAAUUCGUGUUUGAACGCGUUUUGUCAGCACGUGAAGCUCUGCCUUGAGUCUUCGUUUGCGCUGUUCUUUUGGAUUAACUGGAGGAGUGGUUGAUCGGGAGUGAUUAUGCCGCUCAUCACGGCGGGUGCUGGCGGCAGUCAGAAGCGCACAGCGGACCAGCGGGACGCGGAGGCGGGGAGUAGUCGCGGGAAGCGCCAGCGGACGUUCAAGGAGAACCACACGUUGGACAGCGACGAGGAGGACGCCGAUAUGGACAAUCUGGGGACGGCCCCCGCAGAGAAACCCCCGCCGACGGAUUAUGCGGUCCUCCACGAUGACGAUAUCGAAGGACAAGAAGAAGGCAGCAUGAAGGUGCAGGAAGGCAUCCGCAUCACGCCCUUCAACGUCCAGGAGGAAUUAGAAGAGGGCGAAUUCGACACGGAAGGCAACUUCCACUUCAGCAAAUCCAAGGAGAUCAACGACGCCUGGCUGGACAAUCUGGACGCCUACACCGACGAGGACUACGAGGCGCUCAUGCAGCGCAAACAGGCCGAGCUGGCCGCGCAGGAGGCCGCCGCUGGGCCCGCCCCCUCCGACACCCAGCUGUACCAGACCCUCCUGACCCACCUCCGGCCCGGGGAGAGCGUGGCCAAGGCGCUGCGCCGCCUCGGCGACGGGCUGAAGACGACGAAGCGCUAUGGGAAGGCGGCGCGGAAGGAGGGCAGUGAGGCGCUGCGCGGGGAGCUGGAGGCGCUGACGGCGGCGGCCGAUCAGCUGCUGGGCAAGGGGAAUCUGGAGGUGUACCAGGACACGUACGAGGCGGUCAAGUUCAAGCUGGAGAAGGCCGAGAAGAAGAUGGCGGGGAUGCGGGUGGACGAGGAGCUGGAUAUGUUCGGGGAGGCGUUUGAUGCCGGGAAGGUGGGCACGUCCGGGACGGGGAGUGCGCCGCUGGCUACGGCGGAAAGCGAUGAAGAGGAGGACAGCGGGACGCUGUGGGAGUACAAAUGGGAGAACAGCGACGCGGCACCGACGCACGGGCCGUACUCCAGCGAGCAGAUGCAGGCCUGGCAGCAGCAGGGCUUCUUCAAGGACGCCGUCUUCGUCCGCAAGGCCGGCGCCGUCGACGCACCCUUCUACUCCUCCAAGCGCGUCGACUUCGAGCUGUACAUGUGAUGUACUCGCUUUUCUACGGCUUCCUUUAUACUUCGUUCUGCCUGCUGUGCUUCUGCUGUGUAAACCUAGAAUUCGGCGGCUUCAUGUAUGUGGGAUUGUGUUUUCUUAGCAAAAUCAGCGCCAGUGUCCGCAAAAUACACAACGAUGAAUAAGACAGUUAUUUUACGUGCCAGCGCCACACCGGGCGCUAGCAGCAAUAACACUGUUC